AUGGCUAUCGCAGUCGCAGGUACAGGAGGAGUGGGCAGGACCAUCCUCGAAACCCUCGUCCAGGAUCCCAAAUAUCAGAACCAAAUCAUCGUCUUGACCCGAACUGUCAAAUCCGAUUCUCUGCUGGAUCAGGUCCAGCAAUUGCAGAUUGACUACGAUGAUAUAUCCUCUGUCUCCGCGCAAUUGGAGCAACAUGGAGUUCACACCACCAUCUCCGCCAUUGGCAUCGUUUCCGAAGAAACGAGUCAGUCCCAAUUGAAUCUCAUCCAGGCUGCGGAUAAGUCCACAGUAACAAGGAGAUUCAUCCCAAGUGAAUAUUCAUUCAUCCAGACAGAAGAUCUCCUCCCCAUCGACUCCAGCAUCAAAUUCUGGCUCGACGCUGCUGCUGCGCUGAAGAAGUCCAGUUUACAAUAUACCCGCGUCGUGCCUGGCUUUUUCAUGGACUACUGGGGCAUGCCGAACGUCCGGACCAACAUCGACCCAUUGACUUUUGGGAUCAAUAUCGCCAAAGGGCAGGCCGCUAUUCCGGGUGAUGGAAACGAUGUCAUCAGCAUGACAUAUACCUACGAUAUGGCCAAGGUGUUGGUGAGAGCACUCGAUUUGGAGGAGUGGCCGGAGUUCAGUGUGAUUGUAGGACAGGAUGUGACCUACAACCAGUUGUUACGCUGGGCUGAAGAGAUCCGGGGUAAAAAAUUCCAAGUGGUCUACGACAGCGCGGACAAGAUCAAUCAAAACCAGGUGACUGUCCCUCCCAUGCCGGAUGGAAUCGGGUAUUCUGAAGAGGAAAUCCAAGAAAUGACAGCCCUAGUGAGUCGAUUGACUGUGGCUGGGGCCUUCAAGCUGCCAGUAGAAAACCGGUUGAAUGCACGAUUCCCAGGCAUCAAUUUGGUGUCUGUCAAGGAAUUCCUCACGAAUGCCUGGAAAUGA